GGUACCCAGUAUGGGUUAUCGCAAGUUUGCCAAUUCAAAUACCGCUACAGUAGCGUGCAACCUGGCACCGCAAUACGUCCUGGAGCACACUACCAAACCCAUCGCGCUGUCCCCUGGGUCGGUGGCAAAGCCCAAGAAAACGAGGGUUGUUCCCGAUUUUGCUCAGGUCCUGCAGUAUGUGCAGACGUCCAGCAAUGGUUCCCACAUCCGCGAUAUUCAAAAGGUGGUUCUGUUGGUGGAGAACAAGCCCAAAAUAAGAAGAAAAGAACUUCUCGAUGGGGAGUCCCCUUUCGAUGAUUCCAGUGAUCAAGUUCGCAAGCAAGCGGCCUAUGCCUUCGUGGCCGACCCCAGCCUUCGCGCGAUUGGCACCAUCCUCGCAUUUGGGGCGCGUUGGAAAUAUGUUGAGAUCGACCGUCCACAGAACACGGUUUUGAAUACGUGGGUAGAGACUGGGGACAAGAUGUAUGGUCGACGCAAGCAACCACUGAUAGAGGUCGUGCCAGAAGAAUUGCGGAGAUUAAGUGUUCUGAAAGACAACUUUUUUGAGUUGCUCGACCCUGAGGGACUGUCAGCUCGGGCUUUCGAGAUCAUAGCACGACGAAUUAAGAUACGGGAGAGGGAAAUUUGGAAUCUAUGAUCUCUAGUUGUAUUACUACCUGUACAGGAUUUCAAUGUUUCACUCUUGCAUUGAAAUGCAAGCAAUAACCUUCAAUUGCAA